UUCACUCAUGAGGAAUAUCAUGCGGCGCUGUUGUUGAGCACUGAGGAUGAGGCGGAUCCAGAGCAUAAGAUUUUAAGGGAUUUCUGUUAUUACCAACAUGCUGAGAGAAAAUGACUGAGAACAUGAGGAGCGCUGCAGUAGAGGCAGGAGAGGGAGGAGGAAAACGGAGGCUCACUCACUUCCGGACCGUAGCUACUCUGUCCCGGAUGGAGCCUGCAGCCUCCAGGGUAGAGGAGUGUUACCUGGCGCGAUACAGCGAGGAUCGAACCGCACCCCGCAGCUGAAAGCCCGCUCUGCCCCAUUUAGACCCCCUCAGCCCCCCGGAUCCAUGAUUGCGGACGUGGCCGUGUCCCUGUCGGUGCUGGCGGUGGUCGUGCUGCUGAGCGAUGUGACCCGCAGGCUGCUGGUGCGGGCCCUCGCGGACACCGGGCUGUCAUCGUACGCGGUGGAGCUCGUGUCAACCUUCCAGCUCUGCUGCUGCACGCACGAGCUGAAGCUGCUCUCUGACGUCGGCGGCAUCUCGCCUCAGCUCGCGCUCACCUUGACGUACGUGACGUCCGUGGCUCACGGACUCACCUUCAGAGGAGCCGUGGGUAACCCCUGCGGUGCGCUCGAGCACGCGUGCCGCGCGCGGUUCUCGGGUGGGUGCGCAGUGCGAAAGAUCGCGUGCCAGUUUGCCGCUGCCGUGGCGGCUCGCGCGGCCGUGCCGGUGAUCUGGGGUAUGGGGCUGUCAGGAAUGCACGACCGGCAUAAGCUGCUCGGGUUCCGGUGUGUCAGCGCGAUCCACGCCAGUCUCCCCGAGGCUGCUGCCGUGGAGCUGAUGUGCGCCUUCGCUGUUCAGACUGUCAUCACGCACACGCAGUCUGUGGAGGAGAGAUACCGCGUUCACGCAAUAGCUGCUGCCAUCACAACAGCGGUUUAUGCGGGUGGCAGUGUGACAGGAGCUGUGUUCAACCCAGCACUGGCGUUCUCCACACAGUUCUCCUGCAGUGGAAACUCAUUCCUGGAGUACUGCUUUGUGUACUGGUUGGGUCCACUUCUGGGUAUGAUGAGCUCAGUGCUUCUCUUCAAUAAAGUGACACCUGCAUUUUCCCGAAAACCGUCGCCUCUUCACCUCCCACUACGGACCAAGAAGCAAACAUGAGCACAGCAGGACAGCAUGUUUACUCCAGAGCACAUCCUAACAGAUCUUAAAUUACUGCUGAAAUGCUUUUCUAAACAACACUUCAAUAAGAUAGAUAUUUUAACAUAAAUUGGAGCAAAAAUAUCAGUGAUUUCAUAUCCAAAGCACAUCUAAAGAGUGAAAUGAUUUUAACCUAGAAACAAGGGAUUCAUAGACCUGUUUUCUUUCAAAUUCAGUAGAUAGCUGAUUCGUGUGUAAAUUAACACUUAAAGGUUGUCUCAGUUUAUUAUUUUAACAUUUUCAGCUGGUUAAACCACUCUGGCAUCUUAUUUUCUGAACAAAUUCAGCUCAAACAUUGAGGGGUAAAUUCCUAAGCACCAAACAACUUAAUAUUUAGGUUCAAUUUAUAUUUGGGUAGAAUAAUGUUCUAACAGAGAAGCAAAACCAGUGUUAUUCAUGUUUUAAUGUGAUAUUCCAGAAAAAGAUGUACUGUAACUGAAUCUUCUGCACAACAUGUCCUUUAUUUUUUGCACAGAUGUAACUGGUGCCUUUGGAUUCCAGUGAAAGAAAAACAUAUGGAAAGAAAAAUUAAAUAAAAUUGUUAAAGCUG